AUGGAAACCGACGAAGAACAACGCGUCACUCCCUUCCAGCUCCAGUUCGACAAGCCAGUCGCUUCGCAGAUUAAAAUCGCGGAGUGGAAUCCCGAGAAGGAUUUACUGGCCAUGGUUACUGAGGACUCCAAGAUUUUACUGCACCGCUUCAAUUGGCAGCGCCUCUGGACAAUCUCGCCAGGAAAGAGCGUAACAUCUCUAUGUUGGCGACCUGAUGGUAAAGCAAUCGCAGUCGGGCUCGAAGAUGGAACAGUCUCAUUGCAUGAUGUUGAAAAUGGAAAGCUGUUGAGAAGCUUGAAAUCGCACAGUGUUGCUGUUGUUUCGCUUAAUUGGGAGGAGGAUGGACAGAUGACUAGAGAUGAGUAUGGCAGCCACUCGGUAUAUGAAGACCGUACUUCUCGUUUCUUUCCACCUCCUCCAAGAGUUCCACGGAUGUCUGGACUGGUAUCUGGAGAGACUGGUUUCAUGGAGGAUAGUGAAGAUUCAUUUCGAGAGCUGUCAAAUUCUUCACAGCAACAUUUUAAUAUUCUUUGCAGUGGAGAUAAAGAUGGAUUCAUUUGCUUUAGUAUAUUUGGGAUCUUUCCUAUAGGGAAAGUUGUAGCUUUGUCAAAAGAUCUCUGUCAUUUGAUAGUCAUGUGCUCAGGAGAAUCAAUUGAAGAUAGGGAAGAAUCAAAAAAUAGGCAGAUGGCUGAACCUGAUAUGCAUGGCUUACAUUGCAUAGUGCUUGAUACAUCUAUAUUUUGGAAGAGAAAAAGUGAGCUUCAUCAAGUGGCGCAACAAGCUUCUAACAUUGAAGAGUUGGCAGAGGUUAUUCGGUCAUCAAUUUCAGUUAUGCACAAGGAGUGGUCUGAUGCUAUGCGCACUUUCCAUGACAAGUUUGAUUCUCUGUCUAAUCUGAUCAUAGACCAUGGUAACUUCUGAAUGUCACCUAUUUGUCCAUUUCAUACCUACCAUUUCUUUAUAGGACUGGUAUCUUCUCCCCAAGAGGAGUUUUUGAGUCUUUUAGGCGGUGCAAGGACUAGUCCAGCAGUUCAUCAGUUUCUAGUAAACUCUCUCGCUGAAGUGGGCGUGAAGCGCGUGUCAAAGGCUGUUUGUGGUGCUGGAAAAGAACUGCAGCUUAUAAUCCUUAAUCAUCUCCAGCCUGCUGCAGAAAUUAUUGCAUUUAGGAUGGGAGAACUAAGAGGCCUUUCACGAUGGAGGGCACGCUAUCAGGGUAUCGGUCUGGAUGAGACGCUUAUUAAUAACGCAACAGAAAAAGCUGGAAUGAUACUUGUACAAGUUGAACGGUUUAUCAGGGUGCUUUCAACUGUAGUGCAGCAGUUUUCGAACUUCUUCAAUUGGCUCUUGAAGUGUAUAAAGUUGCUCAAUUCAGAACCCAGUGAUCAUCAUCUUAUACUGUACAAUAGUGAGCUCGUAGUUAUAUUCUUGAAGUUUCUGUAUGACCAAGAUCCUGUUAAGCAGUUGAUGGAAGCGUCAGAAGCUGACGAGAGUAUCGAAGUUGGAUUGGAAACAGUGCGAAGAGUUAGGGAGUUAGUUCAGUUUGGUGGAUUUUCAGAUUGUGAGCACCUGCAGAGGACGUUAGCCAAGGAAUUUCAGCAGAUGGAGACUAGUUUUAAGGAGGCUUUUCAGAUGCCCUUUACUACGAUUUCAAGAAAAAUAGUCUGCAAAGACUCAUUGCCACUUUGCUCGCUUCCACCUUUGUCAGCAUCUUUGUCAACCAGUAUUCCCCUGUCAGUAUCAUAUUAUGAGGAUGUCUCCCAUUCUGUCACUCAUCAGACUCAUCAACAGAAGUUUCUUGAUUACAUAUCUUUCCAUAUACCAGAUGAUUCCUUCUCUGGCAUUGCAAACUGUAUAGGCAUAAUGAGGGGAAUUAUGCAAGAUUCGAGCAUUAUAAAGGAGGGUUAUACUUCAGUAGAAGCUGUACUGUUGUGCAUCCCUGUUGGUUAUUACUGCAUCGAUCUUUCUUUAUAUAAGGACAGUCAGAUUGUUUUGUUAAUAAAUGAAUCAACUACCACUUCUGAAAGCUCUGGUGAUGCCUGUAUGAUGAUUGUGCAAGCAAAUGACCUUCCCUUUGUAUCUAUCACAAGAUCCACCAGUUUAAACUAUUGGAACUUGCAUCAACUGAAGGACUCUGUAGUACAUUUGGAAAUGGAGAAUGAGAAGGUUCGCAGUAUACCCCAUUCUGUUAUUGCUCCCCUGGCAGUUAGCUCAUCAAGAGGCGUGGCUUGUGUUUUUGCUGCAAGAAAGCGUGCCUUGGUCUACAUUCUGGAGGAAGACGAAGAUGAAAUUUCUGAUAGAGAAUGACCCUCAAAUUUCCCAUGUCUUAGAUUCGUCUCACAUUAGUGAAGUCUCAAUAUACACAAGUGUAUGGGGUUUUCAUCGGCUUUCAAUCAAUCAGGGGUUAAAAUUCUGUACAUAUGAAGGUCCAACAGAGCAUGAAUUCACAAAAUGAGGCAUGAGUUCAUCUUUCUGAACUUGCAGUGAAAUGAUGCCCACGGCACGAGAAUUACAUGCUACGAAGCAAGGCACA